AUUUCGUCACAAAGAUACUUUCUCCAUAUCAUCAGACAUAAAAGCAUUUUUCACCAGUCCUCAAACGUUUUUCGAGAUGCACAAAAGUGCACUAGUUGCGGUUUUCUAUAAUCUUACGAUUAGAUACUCUGCUUACUGGCCAUAGUUAUUUUUUUGGUUUGAAAACAUGGCUAGAAGUGUAAAUGGAGUUGUUGUACCAACAAUUGAAGAAGCACUUGCCCAAACACAUUUUGGCAAAUUCAACUAUUUGCUGAUAUUAUUUUCGGGAUUCGUGCUCAAAUCUGUGGUUUUUGAAAGUGUAGCCAUCAGUUUUGCUUUGCCUAUUUUGGAAUGUGAUUUGAGUUUAAACUAUCAACAGCAAGGUAUAAUUGGAGCAGUGGCCUUUAUAGGAAUUAUAGUAAGCUCUCAUUUUUGGGGCUUUUUAGCUGACACGACAGGUCGGAAACGUAUUAUGUUGCCAGCAUUAUUUCUGGGAUUUUUAGUUACAGUUCUAUCAAGUUUUUCACCAAAUUUUGAAUCUCUGGUCGUACUUAGAUUUAUCAAUGGAUUUUUAAUUUCAUCUGGUUCAGCAACCAUAUAUGCAUACUUAGGUGAAUUUCACUGCCAAAAAUAUAGAAAUCGCGCUAUUCUAUCAGCGGCUAUGAUAAGUGCAACUUGUGCUAUAUUCUUUCCAAUAUAUGCUUGGAUAUUUAUUAACCAGAACUGGGAGUUCUAUGUACCACUGCUCGAAUUUAAAUACAAGCCAUGGAGAUUAUUUAUGCUUAUAUGCGGCUUACCAGGUUUAGCAUGUGGUGUGGCUUUAUGCUUUCUACCUGAAAGUCCAAAAUAUCUUUUGACAAUAGGACGAACAAAUGAAGCUGUGGAGGUACUAAAAAGAAUACACCGAGUUAAUACUAAAGGAAAUAAGAAGUUACAUGGUGAUGAAUUUAGUGUUAAAGCAAUACAACCAGACCUGGAAGCGAUGAGCAAAAAGAAAACUAGUACAUCAAAUAAGAAUCUGGUAUAUAACAUAUUUCAUUCAAUGUGGCAUCAAACGGCUCCACUUUUUAUGCGAGAGCAUUUACGGAAAACCGUUAUUUGUAGUGUUUUGCAAUAUGUUCUAUAUUUCUCAGCUCACGGUGUUUAUAUGUGGUUCCCUUAUAUACUAAAUAGUAUAUCACAAUAUACUAAGGAAUAUACAAAUCCUCGAACAAUUUGUGAAAUCGUAAAUUUUUCAAAUCAUACCACUAAAGAAAAUGAUAAUGGAUGUACAACACAGUUAGAGAUUUCCACUUAUCAACAUACCAUUAUGUUAGAGGUUAUUUAUGUCGUACUGCUUUUAAUAGUCAGCUAUACUAUUGGAAGAUUUGGACGGAAAAUAAUUUUGUUCCUAAUAUUACUUAUAUGUGGUGUUUGUGGAGUUCUGGGAUUUGUUGCCAAAAUUCCAUUACUGGCUAUUUAUUUAUUCGUUAUUCAACUUUGCUGUGGUCUAGGCGUAACUGUUGUCAAUGCUAUUGUAGUGGACAUUUACCCAACAAACUUAAGAGCCAUGGCAGUGUGCAUAUCAAUGAUGAUAGGUCGUAUCGGCAGUGUUAGUGGCACUAAUGCAAUUGGUAUACUUGUCGAAACACAUUGCAAUACAACAUUAAUAAGUUCAGCCGCUGCACUCAUUUUGGCCGGAUUCCUGAGUCUUUUGCUGCCCCAUCCAAAAAUGCAAAUAAAAAGUUCCAUAGAAGCUUAAAAAUAUUAUAAACAAUUUUAUUCGC